AUGACCAGCUCGGAUCAGGACCAGCAUCGGGAACACACCAUGACGACCGUCUCCAAGAAAUCCAUCAUUACAAAGAUGUUCAAAGUGCGCAAGAGGAGGGAGAUGCUGCUGGCGCAAGUGUCUGUGGUCUGCAGUGUUCUGCUCGUGGCGUGGGGCAUGUCAACCGUCCUGACGAACACAGGUUAUGGCAUGAUUGUGGAGGGGCCGAUGGAGUCACAUGACCACUGGGGACGGCAGCUGAUGUCAUUAAUAUCUGAUAACAAGACAGAGGAGAAAAACUGCACGGAGCCAGCCAUUCGUGAAUUUCCAAAUGAUAUUUUUACCAACGCAGAACGGAAGAGCGGUGCUGUACUGCUACAUAUUAUAGCGACUCUCUACAUGUUCCUGGCGUUGGCAAUCGUGUGCGACGACUACUUUGUGAUGUCUCUAGAGAAAAUCUGUGAGAAGUUAAAUCUGAGCGAGGAUGUGGCUGGCGCUACUUUCAUGGCUGCGGGGAGCUCCGCGCCUGAGCUCUUUGCAUCUGUUAUAGGGGUUUUCAUCACUCAUGGUGAUGUUGGAGUUGGAACUAUCGUCGGUUCUGCUGUUUUUAACAUUCUCUGCAUCAUCGGAGUUUGUGGGAUCUUCGCUGGACAGGUGGUCUAUCUGACCCGCUGGGCUGUUUUUCGGGAUUCUUUCUUCUACAUAUUGUCCGUCAUAGCUCUGAUUGUGUUCAUCUACGACGAGAAGAUUGUGUGGUGGGAAAGUCUGAUUCUGGUGCUCAUGUAUGCUGUAUAUAUCCUCAUUAUGAAAUUUAACACAAGCAUUCAGAAAGUUUUCACAAGACAAUGCGACAAGAAUGUUGUGAAUGGAAACGCAGCGGCCGGCAGUGAACUAGAGGAUGUCAAGUCCAGUAAGGCGUACAGUCGUGGUUCUGUGGUUAUGGUGGAUGAAAUCAUCAACGCCAGCCCCCCAAAUUACCGUUUUCCUGAAGCGGGUCUACGCGUCAUGGUCACGAGCCAUUUUGGACCAAAGACCCGUCUACGCAUGGCCAGUCGUCUGAUUAUAACGGAGCGUCAGAGGUUGGUCCAGGAAGCCAACGGCUUGGAGACGACUGUGGUGGACGGGAAACCUGACAUUGAAAAUGGAAACGUACUAGAGGACAAAACCGCUGAGGAGAAAGAGGCUGAACUCACUUCACCCUUCAGAAUACCAUGUGGCUGCUUGAACAAAACUAAAUGGCUGAUCUCGUGGCCGUUAUUGUUGAUUCUGUACUUCACCAUCCCGAACUGUGCAAAGUCUCGCUGGGAGAAAUACUUCAUGCUGUCGUUUGUGCUCUCUACCGUCUGGAUCGCUGUCUUCUCCUAUCUGAUGGUGUGGAUGGUGACGAUCGUCGGAUACACGCUUGGAAUUCCUGAUGUCAUAAUGGGCAUCACGUUUCUGGCCGCGGGCACAAGUGUUCCAGACUGUAUCGCCAGUUUGAUCGUUGCUCGGCAAGGUCUAGGGGACAUGGCCGUGUCCAACACUAUUGGCAGUAAUGUGUUUGAUAUUCUGGUGGGACUCGGAGUUCCCUGGGCGCUGCAGACCAUGGCCGUCAAUUAUGGAUCAGUUGUGAUGAUAAACAGUCGAGGCCUAGUGUACUCUGUGGUGCUUCUGCUGGGGUCUGUAGCUCUAACCAUUCUUGGAAUCCAUCUGAACGGGUGGAAGUUGGACUUUAAGCUGGGCAUUUACGUGCUGGUGCUGUAUGCUGUCUUCCUGUGUUUCUCAAUCAUGAUCGAAUACAAUGUCUUCACCUUCGUCAACUUACCCAUGUGUCGAGAAGACUAGUAUCAC